UCGCACUCCCUUUUCUCCUUCUUUUGCGUGCUGCAACAGUGGAAUUGAGACAAAAUGGCACCUAAACGACGUGCAGAAAUCGUAGACCUCACUGCUGAUGACGCGCCUGAUGGCUCCUCAUAUCGCGCAUCCAAGCAAUCUCACAUGACCUCUGGUGACAUUUGGGAUGUCGAUGACGAAUACGACGAAGAUGCUGUCUCACAGGAAGCCCCCGAUGCAACCCAAGGGUACAGCGAGCAGCAUUACAAUUACCUAUUAGAGCCACGUGACCGGUACGAUGCAAAUGUCAUCCGUGUCGAUAAUGUCCAGGGAGAGCAGAUUGGCCAUAUUCUAAGAGGGCUGGCAGCCAAGCUGGCGAAAUACAUGGACAAUGGCAGUUUGCUGAUUGAAGCCCAAAUAACGGGACAUAAAGGUUACUAUGAAUGUCCUAUUGAGCUCCAACUCUACGGAACAGACGAUCCUAUAAAGCGACAGGAGCUCAUAGCUAAAGAAGCCGCCAAACAAAUGAAGAAGGGUGCCAAGGGGGUAGAUCUAGAGGAUAUCAUCACCGGUAGCGAGCGCUUCAAUCCCAGAAACAUUGAGGAGGAUCUUGCUGCGAUGCCUCAAGCACCCUAA